AUGAAAAUGGAAAACGACUACCUUCAACUAGUACUAAAGAACCUACCUUUUGAACUGUUUUUAAAAGUUCUAGAUAAUUCGAGUCCAACGGAUAUAAAGAAAUUUAUUGAAAUCAUACCAGGAUUACACAAUCAAAUUAAAGAUCGAUACAAGAUAAUACAAUGGCCUCCCUUGAGAGCAAAUCCAAAGCAUGAAGAUGUUAUCCAAGAUCUAAAAACCGUGUCUGAAGAUAUACAAUGUAUAUAUCAAUUCAAAGGUUUGAUUCUAUUAGAAAUUAAGGAUGUUGAAAGUGAAUAUUCAAGAGAUUUAUUACGAAACUUUUUACCUAAAAUUGAAGCAGAAAUGAAGUUUAAAGCUUUUAAAAUAUAUAUUACAAAUGAUGAUCCUCAGUGGUAUCAUGCCAACCAUAACGGUCGCAGUUUUAUCAAUUCUUUAUUCUCAGUUUUGGACAAGAGACAAGAUAAUAUAUUUAAACAUUGUUCACUUACAGGUUUGAAAAGGCUUCAUUUACCGAAUGGUAAAUUUUGGAUUCCAGAAUGUAUAAAGUUUUAUGAUUUUUCUCAGGAUGGCUCAAGUUCCAACCAAGCUGUUGAAGAUGUGAGGUUCAUGGGUGGGUUAGAAACAUUACGUAUUGAAGGUGAUCUUAGAUCUGAUGUUUUAGAAUCAAAAAUCCCACUUUUCCCUCAACAAUUAAUUUUAUAUCAACCAUCAACUACACCACUUCUCUCUAGGCAAUGUUUCCAAAAUGUUACUGAUCUAAGAUUAUAUGAUAUCAAUGAUGAUAUUUUUGGUUUUGUUGAACUUCCAAACCUUGUUCAUUUAUUAGUCACUGGAAGAAACUUAUUCAAAGUUUCAGAUUUGAAAGCACCAGCCUUAGAAUCACUUACAAUUCAUUCAGAUCUUACAGGCUUAUCUUUUCAACUAUUCAACAUUGAAACACCACAAAUAAAACAAUUGGAAUUAAUUUGUGAAACUUUCCAUUCUGCAGAAUUUGUUUCUUUUGAUACAUUGAAAGAAGUUACAAUUGAUCAACCUAUAUACUACACCAAUCCACCAAUAAUAAACUUGGAAUUAUUAGCAAAUAAUGGGAAUUUAUCAAACCCAUUGAACUUUGUCAAAUCUGCUAAGAGAAUAAGAGUUUCUAACACGAUUCCUAUAUUUACAAAAACUCAUUUUCCAAAUCUUGAAAGCUUUACAAUUUUAGGUGAUGGUUAUGGACGUCGCAGUGUUGAAAACCAAAUUUAUAGUAUUCCAUCCUCAGUUAAUGAAUUAAUAUUUACUAGUAUGAAAUACUUUGAUGAACUUGAUCACUUAGGAAGAUCUGGUAUUAAAAAAGUUCAAAUUUUAGACAGGCAUAUUGAUUCAAGAUACAAAUUGGAUCUGAGAACUUUAUCAAUCUUGUAUCCUGAUGUUGAGAGUUUGAUUUUACAAAAUUGUUAUUUAAAAGAUUUAAACAAUCAGCUAAACAAUCACAAUAUUAAAGAGUUAGAUGUACAUUUUGACCAAGUGGCUACUGGAAGGUCCUUAAAUUUUGAAGGAGCAGUUUUCAGUCAAUUGAGAAAGUUAAGGAUAAGACAUCCUCAAGAGCACCCAAAAGUUCAUCUAAAGAAUUACUUAAACCUCAAGGGAUUUGAAGCACCAAAUUUGGAAGAGCUAAUAGUACAAGAUUUUCAUAUUGAACAUCAUCUUAGUACAUCACCCUAUCCUAAGCUGAAGAAAUUAACUAUAGAUUAUGCAUCAAGCUUAGAGAUUGUUAGUAGUGAUAUCUUGGAAGAAGUUCAUCUUGAUGGAGGUAAUAAUUAUGGGUUUUUGGCUUGUAUAAAACAGUUAUAUAUGGGAGAGAUAUUCAGAAACUCCGGCUUUAAGUUUUAUCCACCAAAGCCUAUAGUGAAAGAAUCAUGGAUGAAUGUUUAA